UUGAAAUAAACGUCAUGCAGGCAUGCAAUGACGCAUUAACUUUGUUUAUUAUUCAGUUCAAAAAAAAAACUUUGUUUAUUAUAACAAUUGUUCAACGUAUCGGCUUUUGGCCCUAAAUUUUUAGAGUUUUCUUACAUUAGUACAAGCCCCAAAUUAUGAAGAUUUUUUUUAUAAAAGCUCUUAAGAAAUGUUUAUAAUUCCUAAAUUCUCAAAGCCGACCCUGAUGAUUGGUGUAGUAACUAACUUGGCCGUGAAGUGCAAGAAAAAAAGAAGAUGAAGUUAUUUAUGAUUUCAGCUAGUUUUUGAUUAUAUAUCUAAGUAAAAAAAAAAUUUGUCACCAUAUAUAUUAUUCUACACUACGAAAAUGUUUAAUUUUUAUCAUAGAAAUAAUUAUAUAUUGUUAAACCAACAAAUGCAAAGUUAUAUUUGGAUAUUUAGAGAGGAAACAGAUUUAGAGAUGACAAAUAUUGUGUUCCAAUCUAAUAUGUUGUUAUAUUGUCGUUUACUUAAACACUUUUAAAUCAUAUCUAUUUAUGUUGUCAAAAAAAAUCAUCUAUUUAUAAUACGAAUGAAAUCCCAUUUGGAAUAUUUUCAUGACAUAAAAUAACGAACAAAUGAGAAUAUGCUUAUACAAUAUACACUUAGAAUAUUAGCAAUUUUAUACAUGCAUGGAUUACGAAAACCAAAGGUCACACCAUGCUUGCUUUGACAAGCUUUCCAUGCAUCUCAUCCCUUCUCUUAGCGUUGACUUUUGACAAUCCCAACAUGCUUCUCUAUCCAUACCUUAUAAUCAAUCAUAUAGCUGACGAAACCUCUAUUAUUUAUCAUCUUCCUCUUCUAAACCUCAUUAACCAAAAACCAUUAAACCGCAGCCACCAUGAAUACCUUCCAACCGCCGCCGCAGAUGCCGGUUUUCUCCGGAGGAUUCAGUUACGGAGUUGGAGUUUCCAUCGGAGUGCUUCUCCUCAUCACAACCAUCACACUCACCUCUUACUUCUGCACACGUAACCAGCACUCUUCAUCACCUUCACAAACCAAUCAAGAUUUGACUCGUGUACAUCACCACCACCAUGUCAUCAUCGACGUUGUCCCAGGUCUGGACGAGGAUACCAUUCAGAGCUACCCAAAGAUCCUGUACUCGGAAGUGAAGGGAAACUCCACGUCGUCGUGUUGUCACAUAUGCUUAGGAGACUUCAAAGGGAAUCAUAUGCUGCGGCAACUACCAGAUUGUAACCACCUCUUCCACCUCAAAUGUGUCGACACGUGGCUUAGACAAAAUCCUACGUGUCCUGUCUGCCGGACUUCGCCGCUUCCUACUCCCCUCGCCGAGGUUGUUUCCUUAGCCUCUUCUGUCGCCACCAUCAGGAUGUCCUGAUUAAUUGUUUGUAUAACCUCAAGAAUCCUGAACCAAAGUCAAUAAUAGUGUUCAUGAUAUUUAUCUUCUUCAGUUACUUCUUAAUUUAGUUCCUUUUAAAGCUUUCAAUUUCGGUCACUAACUGAUGAUUGUAUAUAUAAUUUGGAAUCUGUAAAGGAAGAAAGUUAAGGGUAAAUUUCACAAUAAGUUCUAUGACGUUUUCUUUUGUAAAAAGUUAUACUCCAGGUAUUAUACUAUUACGUACCUGCAGGUACCACGAAAAAGAAUAUUAAGUC